AGCGAGAAGCAUCCACUAUUUGAAAAUCCAGGAGACCGUCUAGGUGAAGUUAAUGGCUGCCGAAACGUCGUUAUCGACGUCCACUGCAACUCACUGAUUGCGACUUUUGUAAAAAAAAUCAAAAUUUCAUUGAAUCGAGAUACCGGUGUGCAAACGUGAAUGAUAGACAGACUGGAGAGGACAGAAAAUAACACAUCAUUAUCGUCAACAGGCAUCACUAGGGACGCAUAAUGGAAGAAGAGACUGAGUUCACAAAACUACCCUUGGAGGACAGAGUGGUACACAAGUCAUGGAAAGCCCGAGUGCACGGUUACGAGGAAUGCACAAAGAAAUUCGGAUGCAUCGACGACGAAAAGUCCCCAGAAUGGAAUAAAUAUCUCGGUCUAAUAAAGAAAUUCGUCGUAGACAGUAAUGCAGCUGCCCAGGAAAAGGGUAUGGAGGCUGCUCUGGUGUACGUGGAGAACGCAGCAUGUGCAGGCAAAGCUGUUGGUGAAGUGAUGUCAGGAAUAGUGAACAAAUGCAUAGCUGCUCCCAAAGCAAAGACUAAGGACCUAGCAGUCCAGCUCAGCCUGAUGUUCAUGGAGAUAGAGAAGCACGAGACUGUUCAAGAGGAGCUCCUGAAAGGAACCGAAGCAAAAAAUCCGAAAAUUGUAUCGGCAUGUAUAAACACUCUGACACUAAGCCUUAGAGAGUUCGGUUCCACUGUUGUCAACGUCAAACCCCUAUUGAAAAAGAUUGCCGGUUUCCUGGAGGACCGAGACAAAGUAGUACGUGAAGAGGGAAAAGCCCUCGUGAUCGAAAUUUAUAGAUGGAUUGGUGCUCCAAUAAAGCAUCAACUGAAUUCCUUAAAGCCAGUGCAAUUAACAGAACUGGAAGCAGAAUUUUCUAAACUUGGCGAUGGGAAAGCCCAUCCUAAUCGGUACCUGAGGUCCCAGAAACCCAAAGAAAGAUGUAUCUCAGAGACAGGAGGUGGAGACGGUGAUGGAGACGAGAACGACGAGGACGAGGAUGACGGAGUUGGUGGAGUUGAGAUUGAUCCUUACGAACAGAUCGACCCAGUGGACAUUCUCUCAAAACUACCAAAGGAUUUUUACGAGAAGCUCGAAGCCAAGAAGUGGCAGGAGCGAAAAGAGGCUUUAGAAACCUUAGAAAAUCUGGUGAAGAAUCCAAAAUUAGAGAGUGGAGAUUAUGGUGAUCUUGUUCGAGUUCUGAAGAAAAUUGUCAGUAAAGAUUCCAAUGUUGUAGUGGUUUCACUGGCUGGAAAGUGCUUGGCAGGUCUAGCCUCAGGAUUAAAAAAGAAAUUCCAACCCUACGCCUGCGCCUGUUUGCCUGCCCUCCUCGAGAAGUUCAAAGAGAAGAAGCCAACGGUUGUAACAGUCCUUCGAGAAGCUGUUGAUGCGAUAUUCCAGAGUAUAAGCAUUGAAACAGUCCUGGAGGAUACCCUGGCGGCUUUGGAAAAUAAGAAUCCUGCGGUCAAAGCAGAAACAGCUGCAUUCUUAGCCAGAUGUUUUGCAAGAACUCCUCCACCAAAUUUAACCAAGAAGCUGUUGAAGGCGUACAGUGGAGCUCUCCUGAAGACCCUCAAUGAGUCGGACCCCACUGUUCGUGACAGUUCGGCAGAGGCCCUAGGAACAGUUUUGAAAUUAGUAGGUGAGAAAGCAAUGACACCGUUCCUGGGCGAUCUUGACAACCUCAAAAUGUCUAAGAUCAAAGAAUGCGCUGAGAAAGCUGUUAUAUUGAUAAAGGUCUCGGGUCCGAAGAAAGCAGAGCGCCCCACAACAGCGCCCGCUAAGAUCGAGUCAUCAUCCUCAGGUAUCCCCUCUAAGACAACAAAGAGACCCAACACGACAGCAACUAAGAAGCCAGCAGGAGGAGUGAAGAAGCUAGGAGCAUCAGGUCCUGCAGUCAAAAAACCAGCACCAUCGAAGAUGCCACAGCAAGAAAAGGAUCUUCCCUCUGAACUGGUUGACGAGAUUGCUGGAGAGACGCUCCCCCCUGAGAUUCUAUCAGGAUUAGUCGAUGCCAACUGGAAGACUCGUCUGCAGGCUGUCGAGCAGUUGUCGGACUUCAUUAGACAGAAGGAGCCAGUUGAAAUACCCACACAAGUCAUCGUGAGGACCUUGGGGAGGAAACCAGGGUUCAAGGACACAAACUUUCAGGUUUUGAAGCAACGAUUGGAACUGGUGAAAACCCUGGCAGAAGGUUACACUUUCUCUGUGACGACAUCCAGCUACUGCAUCAUGGAUAUAACAGAAAAACUGGGAGAUUCUAAAAACAGUUCUGUAGCUGCUGAAACCUUGUCAGCUAUUGCUGAAGCAACGUCCUUCGAUCAUGUGGCUAACGAAGUCCUGGGCUUUGCCUUCAACCAAAAGAACCCCAAAGUCCAACAGGAGACCCUUCUCUGGUUGUCGAACGCUCUCAUGGAGUUCGGCUGCACAGCCAAUGUGAAAAUCAUGAUGGACAACAUCAAGAAAGGAGUGGCUGCUACCAAUCCCAGCGUGAGAACAUCCGCUAUUACUCUGGUGGGGACCUUGUACCUGUUCAUGGGUAGAAGUUUGCUGGUGUUCUUUGACAGUGAAAAGCCAGCGUUGAAGCAACAAAUUGAACAGGAAUGCGAUAAAAGAAAUGGCGAGGUGCCACCAGCCCCCACACGAGGACCAAAGUCGAAGGCCAAGUCCAAAUCGGCGAAUGGAAAAACCAGUAAUGAUCAGGAGGAUGACGAUAAUUACGGUGGCGAAGAAAAUGGUCCUUCGGAGGUGAACGAUUUAUUGCCUCGAGUGGACAUCUCCAAUCAGAUCACUGAAGCCCUCAUAGCUGAGUUAGGAGACAAGAACUGGAAGGUGAGGAAUGAGGGACUCGUGAAGGUCAGCAAUAUCAUCAACGAUGCCAAAUUCAUAAAGGGAUCAAUUGGGGAAUUGUCGAGGGCCCUGGCUCCUCGUCUCACUGACAGCAAUACCAAAAUCGCUCAGGCUGCCCUGGGGAUCUGCGAGAAAUUGGCGACAGCCAUGGGAGCACCAAUCAAACAACACAUUCGUGCAUUGUUCCCUGGGUUCAUCCAGUGCCUGGGGGACUCGAAAAACUGGAUCAGGACAGCCGCGAUCACCUGCAUCAACACCUGGGGGGAUCAGUGUGGGUAUAAGGAGUUCUUCGAUGGAGAGAUCAUUGGGGAUGCUCUGAAAGCAGGCUCACCAGCCCUGAGGGCUGAAUUGUGGAGCUGGUUGGCCCAAAAAUUACCUCUCAUUCCAGUUAAACAAAUACCGAAGGAGGAGCUGAUGGUGUGUUUGCCUCAUUUAUACUCCAAUCUCGAGGAUCGUAAUUCUGAUGUGAGGAAAAAUGCUCAGGAGGCAGUGCUUGGAUUCAUGAUUCACCUCUCAUACGAUGGCAUGGUGAGACAGACGGAGAAGCUCAAACCCAGUUCCAAGAGUGGAGUAAUCGCUAGUUUAGAUAAAGCAAGGCCGAACCUACCGAUGAAGCCUUUACCCUCGAAAAAAACUCCCGAAGAGACCCACAAGACUGUUAAAAGUGGGGGAGCUAUGAAGGCUGCUGGAAAGACGAUAGUUAAACCUAAAUCAGGAAAUGCCUCAAAGCAAAACAGUGCGAGAAAGAAGGAGGAGGAUGUCGAUACUAGUCCUCUCCUGGCGAUAAACAACUUGAAGCAUCAGAGGGUUAUCGAUGAACAGAAAUUAAAAGUCCUCAAGUGGAACUUCACGACUCCUAGGGAGGAAUUCGUGGAACUGCUGAAGGAGUUAAUGGGCUCCGCUGGGGUCAACAAGUCUCUCAUAGCGAAUAUGUUCCAUGCUGAUUUCCGAUAUCAUUUGAAGGCCAUUGAGACCCUGACCGAUGAUCUCCAGGAUAAUAGCAAAGCUCUAGUGUCUAAUCUGGAUUUAAUUCUCAAGUGGCUGACCCUCAGGUUCUUUGAUACUAAUCCCUCGGUGUUGCUGAAGGGUUUGGACUAUCUGCAGACCGUUUUCAAUCUUCUCAUUCAGGAUCAGUAUCACAUGUUGGAGAACGAGGCUGCCUCAUUCAUUCCAUACCUCAUUAUCAAAAUUGGAGAUCCCAAGGAUGCUGUGAGGAAUGGAGUAAGGGCCCUUUUCAAACAAAUUGCACUGGUCUAUCCUGUCAGUAAAUUAUUCUCGUACGUCAUGGAGGGCCUCAAGUCGAAGAAUGCACGUCAAAGGACAGAGUGUCUCGAUCAGUUGGGCUCCUUAAUUGAAAAUUAUGGAGUCACUAUCUGUCAGCCCUCGCCAUCAGCUGCACUCAGGGAAAUAGCAAAACAGAUCGCUGAUCGUGAUAAUUCAGUGAGAAAUGCUGCGUUAAAUUGCAUCGUUCAGGCGUAUUUCCUCGAAGGGGAACGUGUUUAUAAGUUCAUUGGGCAGAUCUCGGAGAAGGACAUGUCGUUGCUGGAGGAGAGGAUUAAACGCGCGGGAAAGAAUCGACCACUGAAAUCUGCCUCAUCGAACAGGAUAUCUUCUGCUCCUUCGGGGAUUAAUCAUCAUACUGCUCCUCCUUCAUCAGCUCAUGCCGGAAAUAAUGCUGAUGAUUGUGAUCCUGAGGAUGAGGAGGAUGAUGAAAAUGAGGACGAUGGGGGCGAUAUAGUUAUCGAGUCGCCUGAAGAGAGGAAUCUAGCUCGAAAUACACGCGUUAAUGCCAACAAUGAAGAUAAAUCGGAGGAGCACCUCAUCAGCACUGUUAAAUCAUCCAAUUUGCUAGAUUGUAUUAAUGAAAUUGGGGAUGAAGGGGAGAAGACUGCAUCAGAGAAGAUCGUGACAGUUGAUGUCAAUGACAAUCGUGAUUCUGAGAAGACGUACACCUCUCCAAUAACCAAGUCGAAGGUGUCAGGUCCCUUCGGUUUAGAUAUGGACUUUCUCAAGAAACUGGAGGAGAACGCGCCGGCUCGUUGGAAAAUUCCCCAGCUAACGGACCCUAACUGGGACCCCAACGAAACAGUCAACACCCUGAACCACCCUCCCACCGCUGUGAUCCCCAUGACCUCUCCCAGAAUAAUCGCAACACGAGCGUCCCUAGUUUCCCCAGUGACCAGCCCAAUCACUAAAGUGGAUAGCGUUGAGCGUAGUAUAAUCGCCAUGACGAAUACCGAAUUAUCAGCAGCCAUAAUAGCAAUGAACAACAUGGAAGCCAUAAUAAAAUCUCCCCAAGCAUCACUGAUGCAGUCCAAAGAGGACAAGUUCAUUCGCGCCAUCAACAUGCAACUGAAGAUGCUGCAGACAUACCCAACAGUGGACGAUCCAGAGGUUGCUAAGGGUUUUAGAAUAGCUUUUGUGGUUACCCUGAGCUUUUAUGACACUGGAUUCCUUGGUAAAAAUGUCUCACUCCAGGAGCUCAAAGAGUUAAUCCAUCAGAUGCUGAUUCUCCUAGUAGAAAAUAAAUUAUCUCACUUGAGCCAAGCUGAUGCAUAUAUUCGUGUCGUCAACAGUAUCGUGGUGAAAUCAAUCGAUCACUCAAAUCACACGACAAUAAUGUGUGUUCUGAUAAAAUUACUUCACGCCUGUGCUGAGACCAAAGUGGCUCCCAAGUACGAAGAACUGGUGAUGAAGUGUCUCUGGAAGAUCGUGAAGACAAUGCCCAACUGGGUGGGUGAUCUGGACUACGACACGAUUCUUCUCGAGGUGCACAAUUUCUUCAAGGAUCAUCCUUCGAGUGGAUGGAAAAAAAGGGCCUCAGACAUGCCCCUGAGGACCAUAAAAACAGUUCUCCACAGUAUCACGAAGAUCAAGGGUGCUUCAAUACUCAAUCACUUGACUAAGAUCAACAAUACUAAUGAGUCUGAGCUUAAGAGCUAUUUGCAUCGUCUCCUGGAGACUGUCAAACCUGACGACAUCAACUCGGGAACGCGAACCAUAACGAAGCAGAAGCACUUGUCGAAGACCACUCAUGCACAGCUGUCAGAGAUAUUCAAAAAAAUUGGAUCAAAGCACCAUACACAGGAGGGUCUUGCCCAGCUGUACGAUUUCAAGCUUCAGUAUCCUGAGGCUGAUGUCCAACCAUUCCUCGUUAAGUCACAUCAAUUCUUCCAGGACUUCAUUGAACAGGGCCUCAAGGACAUUGAUCAAGCUAGAAGAAAUCAGAAUGUUAAUUCACCGAUGGGUAACCAGUACUCUGGUACUUCUGUCCAUCCAGUGAGUUAUACUGAGGAGAGAGCCACCAUGAAUCCCCUUCAGAGGUUGGAGAAGCUGAGGGCACUCGAGGCCAAGUACCACGCCAAUGCUCCCAGUCACUCAAAUCCAACGUGAAUUUCAUCAACUUGAAAUGCCCUUGUGAAGCUUUUCGAGGAAUUUAUUUAGUACGAGAUCAUUGUUCUGUACAUAGACUUUACAUCGACCUUGUCUCUCUACGUUGUUCUCUUGUUCGGUCAACUGAUAUUUAAAUCGAUUUUUCAUAAUUUUUUAAUUGACUCAGAGGAUAAGGUUUGCCUUUGUUUUAUGGCAUUUCGUUAUUUAUAAUUUUCUUUUCUUCAUGUUCAGAGGGUUGAUUACGACGAUUCGUUGAUUUUUGGGAAUUGUAAAAGCCAACGAGUUUGGUAGAAAAUUCUAUUGUAUUUCUGGUGAACUUUCAUUGAAAAUUCGGAGCUUUUCGUAGGGAGGCCAUUGGAUUUUUUUCAAUGCAGUAGCGAAACUGUAUAAUGCUUGCAGUUGAUUUUGACAAUUGAUUAACGUUCGAUGAAUAUUUGGAGUUUAAGAGAGCUGACAACAUUUUUGUCAAUAGCUUUUUCCCAGAGCUUCACUCGCUCAAAAAGGAAGAAUACCCGCCCGUUGAAUUUAAAGAUAUCCCUUAAUAAACGAGUUUCGCUAUUUAACAGAAAUGAGUGGAAAAUGUUUCAUUCAAAAAAUCAAUAGAAUUCCCUGAAAUCUCCUCAGCUCAAAUUCCCAAUUUUUUCAUUUUUACUUUAUAGGAAAAGAAAAAAUAAUAGAAUACAAAAAAAAAUUGGAUGUGUUGGGGGUUUUCUAUAAAAAUGUCCUAAAAAGAAAAGUUGAACAAAAAAAUUAAUUGGGAUUUUUUCUGUGAUAUAAUUUCUGCUCCAUAUUGUCUGUUGCUGGAGAAUUGAGAUUCUCAAUGGAAGUUCGAAGGAAAUCUAACAGAAUUUUCUGGCAAAUUUUUCCAUAAAAUUUUCUCGAGUUCACAGUCGAAAGUAUAGUGAAAUCAUAUGUACUAAUGGUGGGGGGGUCUAUGUACUCAAUGAUUCUUCAGUGAUUUGGGUAAGAUAAAGUAAUCGUUAGUUAUGAUUAGUAUGUAUAGUUGACCCUAAAUGAUAUAUUGAUAUUAUUAAAUUAUAAACAAUCUCCCAGUGUUGUAUCCUGAAUCAAAUUCAUAUUUAUGCUUAAUUUUAAACCAGAAAAUUUUCAAUGGAAGUUUUUUUGUAUGGAAUGAAAAGGAAUUGGAGCUGGAUCUGCUCUUAGGGUUGAUAGAUUUCUUUUUUUGUAGCAUUACAGUAUUUUUUAUAUGCAGUUUCAUGUUAGAUUAUUAUGCAGUAGUCGGGCAAGUUCCGGGUGUCGAUUACUUGUUUUUUCACGAAUCUGUUUCUUUCACCUAGCAUAAUGGAACAAAGCUGGACUUGAAUGUUAACACAGUUGAUCAUAAGUUUAAUGGUAGAUUAAUUGAUUUAACUCGAAUCUCGAAAAUCAAUGGAAGAAAACAAUUAUAUAUACUAUUCAAUUUAUUCGACCAAAUAUAUCAACUCUUUCAUGAUUAA